CAUCAACGUGGAAAUUCGUGGAGAAUAUACAUAUAAGUCGAUGAUGUUUUAACGCCAAACACCUAUACCGAUUCAUUAACGAUUUUGAUCAUGUCUUCUUCUCCGAAGAAACGAAAUGCGGAUGGCAGAAUUCCAAAUGGAUCGACUGGAAGUGGCAGUGUGAUGGCUACCUUUUCGAAAGCGUUUGUCGCAGAAGCCGACUGGAAUGAUAAGGAUGAGUUCCUCGAUGUCAUCUACUGGAUGAGACAGAUAAUUGGAGUGAUCUUAGGCCUUAUAUGGGGGCUCUUUCCACUCAAAGGGUUAUUAGGUUUGGUUAUUUUUUUUGCUAUAAACUGUGGAAUGAUUUAUCUGUAUUAUGGAAGUUUCCAAAAAGUUGAUGAUGAGGAGUAUGGUGGACCAACUGAAAUACUAAAGGAAGGUCUCAUGACUUCAUUCUCCACAUUUUUAGUGACGUGGAUUAUUCUGUAUUCAUCACUAUAUUCAGACCUAUAGCAGAAAUAAUAUUGUAGAGGAGAGCUGGAAUAUCUCUCAUAGAUAAACAUAAGGAUAGUAUCAGAUUUGUAACUACUACAGCUGUUAAACAUGUGGCCCAGGAACUCUGUCAACGGAGUGUCAUCCAGACACUGUAUCAUAUCAAAUCUAAAACCCAACAUCAGUGUGACAGGAACUCAUACCACACUUCAUACUGUGUAUAAUGACUAGAAAGGGAAAAAAUGUGAGAGGUUUCACUUUUCCAGUUGCCAUCUUUCCAAUUUCCAAUCCACAUUGUCAUUUGGGAAAUCGUGAAUAUGGAAAACCUGUAUAUUUCUUUUCUAUUUUGUUUUGAAGUCCUUUGCCUCCAUUCAUUUUUACCUCAUAAUGUUUUGUAUUGUGUCAUGUAGAUCUUGUCAGUGUGUAUUAUUUAAAGCAUAUUCUUGGUAAUGUAAUGUACAUAGUUAUUUACAGGUAAAAACAUCUUAAAAGUUACUUUUGAUUUCCUGUACAUGAAAAUCAUCAUUAAAAACCGUGCUAUACUUUACCUGGUAGAUUAUACAUUUUGUACAUCUCCAAAUACUGUAAACAUACUUAAUUUGGCAUAAUCAAAUUUUAGCAUGUUCUCAAUUUUUUCAAAUGAGCACAAGCAUGAAUUAUACAUCUACUAUGAUUGGUAUAAAUAUUAAACAUUCAGAAAGAGCAGCCGGUGCAAUUGUAUUUUAGCACAAUAUUUUCAGUGGUAAAAGCACUAAAAUAAGAUUACCACUAAAAUAUUAGGUUUUAAGAUUUUUGAAAAUGUAAAGAAAAAAAUGGUAGACAAGGUACUUUAAAAUUUUCAUUCAUAAGAAAAACAGUUGUCAUGAGGUGAUUCUAAUUCAGCUUUGCUGAAGUGGAAUAUAAACGUUGUAAUGAAAGAAUACUCAAAUGUGUCUUUCUGUUCGUUACAAAGUUUCAAACUUUAUAUAUGUAGUAAAGUAAUAUUCAUAAUUAGAAAGAAAUUCAUUGAAUACUUUAAGAAUAAUUAGAUUAGGCUUUUAACCAAUGGUUGUUCAUGAUAUUCCAGAUAUUGCAAUGUUUGUCUUCAUAUCCAUCCUACAUUAUUCAGUCAAUGCCUAGUAAUGAGCCCACCCGUAUGUGUUACUGUUAUGUAGAACUACCAGCAAUUGAUGUUUAAAUGUCCUAUAAUAUGCCCAUUUCUGGCCAUUGAUCAGCAGUCAGUUUUGGCCAUCUGGGCUUAUGGUAGGACAAAUAUGUAAAGUUUGUGUAUACAAUAGUUACAUGUGUUAAGUUUUGGAAAAUUACAUGUAAUUUUACAACCUGAAAUAUUUAACGAAACCUAAUUAUCAGAGACAUAAUGGAAAAUGUAUUGUUAUAUGUUACUCAAGGAAAUGUAUUUUAGCUAGGGAUAGAAUUAAGAAUUAUGUUGUGUAAACUUUAAGAUAAAUUAUUUGCUCAUUUCAGUAAACACAUGCUACUAUUAAAUCAGUAUUUACAUAUAUUACCGUAAAUGUCAUAUACACACAGAUUUGGGUAGAACAGUGUUAUCCUACUAGCUAGUACCUAAUGUUCAUGUGAAAUUGUGUGCUGUUGUCAAUAUCAUCUAAAUUGUUACAGUGUUGACAUGUCCAGUGUUGUCCAUGUAGUAAAUGAUGUAUUAUGUCAUGCAAUGGACAGGAUUAUAUUGAGACAGAAGUCUAAUAAAUAUAUAUAUAAUACUUG